AAGCAGACAUCCUCUCCUCAGGCUGUGACUGCGAAACAUCUCAGUUGCUGUGUGGAGAGAUUUCACGGAGGAACCCUCCCGUGCGUGGAGCCAUCAGUGCGCCGCAAUCCGUAAUGCCUCGGUGAGGAUCUGCCACGGCGGAGAGCACAGCAGCGCCUGUGAAAUACUGUGGAUUUUGCAUGACAGCAGAGGAGGAAACUGCUCACCGGCUGUUUGUCUGUUUCUUAUCUGCCCCCCUCCCUCCCUCACAUGUCACUCUAAUUAAUCGGAGGCAUGUGGAACCGCACCAGGAUUAGGAAUCGCCUCCCAAUAGUGUGCCUGCUGUUGACGUUAUGGACCAAGGUGUCCCAGUCAACCGGCUAUUUUGAGCUGCAGCUGAUCUCUGUGGAGAAUGUGAUCGGCGAGCUGGCGGACGGGGAGUGCUGCGAUGGCCCCAGGAGUCCCCAAGACCUGCGCUGCAGCCUGGACGAGUGCGAUACUUACCUGAGAGUGUGCCUGAAGGAGUACCAGCAAAAGGUCACCACCACCGGGGCCUGCACGUUUGGAGCCGGAUCUACGCAAGUUCUUGGUGGAAAUAUGUUUUCUUUGGAGACCACCAAGAAUAACGCCAAUAAGAUCAAUGAGGCCGGCAAGGUUGUGAUCCCCUUCCAGUUUGCCUGGCUGCUGAUAGCGGUGCACUAUUCCAGUGCCAGAUGUCACAACAAGCUUGUGGGGGUCACCGGCCGCGGCGUCGUUGCUGUCCUCACUCAAGAGACAAAGAUGCAGUGUGCUGUUGGCUGUGUCAUCUGGCCAGCUAACGAGCGAGGCUUGGGAGUCCUCGCCUGUCUAUGA